AUGUCGAUGUCCAAGGGAUCUAAGCUGCUACAGUACAUCAACUACCGCAUGCGCGUGACCGUCACCGAUGGCCGCGAGCUCGUCGGGAAAUUCAUGGCCUACGAUCGCCACAUGAACCUCGUCCUUGGGGACUGCGAGGAGUUCCGCAAGCUGCCACCCAAAAAGGGCUCCAAGGCGCCGGAGGACCGCGAGGAGCGCCGGACAUUAGGGCUACUUAUUCUCCGCGGGGAGGAGGUAGUUAGUCUUACCGUCGAAGGCCCGCCGCCGCAGGAUGAGAACCGUGGUAGAGCCGCCGGCGCAGCGGCAGGGGGACCCGGUGUUGGGCGCGCGGCAGGGCGCGGAGUUCCGACGGUUCCGCUCGGUCAAGCGCAGCCCGGCUUGGCGGGGCCCGCGCGUGGAGUGGGGGGACCGGCGCCGUCGUUGAUGCAGCCGCGCCCGCAAGUUGCGGCUCCGCCGAUCUCGUACCAGGCUCCUGGAGGCGCGGCUGGCGCUGCUCCUGGCCGUCCGCCUCCCGUCUCGUUCCCCCCGCCCGCGGGUUUCCCUGGGGGAGCUCCGCCGCGGCCGGGGAUGCCCCCCCCGCCAGGCGGAAUGCGCCCGCCCGGGAUGGGCCCUCCCCCGUCCAUGUACCCCCAGGGUCCCCCGCGCCCGGGCAUGCCUCCCCCGCCCGCCGGUUACGGUCCCCCUGGCGGUCCGCCUCCGCAAUUCCCCCCGCGCGGCCCUCCGCCAGGCGGUGCGCCGCCGAUGCAGUACGGGCGGGGAAUGCCCCCGCCGGGGGGAAUGCCUCCGCCAGGGAUGAUGGGUCCGCCCAGGCCGGGGAUGCCCCCUCCGCCAGGGGGGCAUCCGGGGAUCAGCAUGGCAUCUGCGGCAGCACGCAGUACAGUCACGGAAGUGGAGCUGAUUCCAGAGUUUCUCGCCACGGGCGUGCUUCCCACCCUUCCACCCCCUCCCUUCCACCCCCUCCCUUCCACCCCCUCCUUUCCAACCCCUCCCUUCCACCCCCUCCCUUCCACCCCCUCCCUUCCACCCCCUCCCUUCCACCCCCUCCCUUCCACCCCCUCCCUUCCACCCCCUCCUUUCCAACCCCUCCCUUCCACCCCCUCCCUUCCAACCCCUCCCUUCCACCCCCUCCCUUCCACGCCCUCACGCCAGCAGGGCAAAUGCAGCGGAAGCAUGGCAUCGGGUGCACGGCACAGCAGCACAGAGGUAGAGCUCACUCCCGAGGUUCUCGCCACGGGCGUGCUUCCCACGCUGCCUCGCCUUGAUCCCGCCGUUGCCAGAGCGCUUGACCGAGUGCAAGAGAAAUUCGGUACAAAAGAACAGUUCGAGGCUGCAUUGAGUCGAGUGAAGGUGGAGGAGCCACCUCUCUUUGUGAAGCAGCUGUUCCGCAUACGAGGGGACCUCGAUGUUCCUCUGGACGACCCUGAUAUUGCACGCUACCUUACCAAGCUCUCAUAG